AUGCCCCACCCUUCGAAGAACACCCCCGUUGCUCUGGCCAUCGGAACCCACACCUGGGUGCCAACCCCAGAGGAUGAGGUCAGACAGGACGAGAUCCUGGCCGUGUUGCGCAAGCACCAUAUCAACGUCCUUGACACCGCCAGGAGCUACGGUAACGGUGCAUCCGAGACGGCCCUCGGAAACAAGAAGCUCGCGCAAGAGUUCAAGGUCUACACCAAGGCCGCUACCGGCGUGAUCGAGGGAACCGGCAAGAAGGACUUGAUCCUUAACUUCGCCAACGAGAGUCUCAAGGCCCUGCAAGUCGACAAGAUCCCGCUCUAUCUCCUCCACGCCCCUGACGAGACAGUCCCCGUCAAUGAGCAAAUGGACGCCAUCCAGACCCUCUACAAAGAAGGCAAGUUCGUCGCCUUCGGCCUCUCCAACUUCUCCAAGGACCAAGUCCUCGAGUACCACGCCUACGCUAAGGCCAACGGCUACGUCCUCCCCACCGUGUACCAGGGCAGCUACAGCAUCGCCGUCCGCGGCAACGAGACCGCUCUCUUUCCCACCCUCCGCGAGCUGGGCUUCUCCAUCCAGGCCUACUCCCCCAUGGCUGCCGGCCUCCUCGCCAAGACCCCCGAGUACAUCGAGCAAGGCAAGGGCAGCUGGGACCCGAGCACCCCGCUCGGCCAGGUGCUGCGCGACCUCUACUACAAGCCCUCGUACAUGAAGAUGCUAGAGCAGUUUGGGAAGCUCGCCGAGGGCCUCAACAUAAGCAGGUCCUCGCUUUCGCACCGCUGGCUGCGGUACCACUCUGGCCUUGACGGGAGCCUAGGCGACGAACUGCUCAUCGGGGCCGUUACCGCCGAGCAGCUGGAGGAGACCUUGCUGGAACUUGAGAAGGGGCCCCUGGAGUCGUGGGUUGUGGAGAGGAUCGACGGUCUUUGGGACUUGAUUAAGGCGGAUGCCCCUAUUGGCAACCUGGAGUCGAUUCGCAAGGUCUUCCGGCCUCUUCUCAGCUAG